AUGGCCUCGAGAACUUCGCGUUCGAGCGGCGCUGGCGCCUUGAGAACCGCAUCCCGAGCUCGCCCUCCCUUCCGUAUCGUGUCACCUUAUGGCCGAUGUAUUCCAUUCCACGCCGCCGUUCUAAUCGCUGCGAUUACUGUCGCCGCGAGUAUAAGGUUCGCGGCUGCGCUGACGUCCGCGAAAGAUGUUGAUGCUUUGGGGGACAUCUACAGCGGCUUCAAUCGUUCUGCGACGCUGCAGACGUGGACGUGGGGCGAUCCGUGCGGCAGCGACGGCAGUGAGAACGCGGGCAGUCCGUGGCACGGCAUCACGUGCGACGUGUCGGCCGACCCGCAACGAGUGAUCGAAAUGUACGUCUCUCUGGCUGCUAAUGCUGCCGCCGCUGCUGCUGCUGCUGCUGCUGCUGCUGCCUCAGCCGCCGCUGCUCGGCUUAACACGGAUAGGAGCGGCGUGGUACGCAGCAACGCCAUCAAGGGCGGCAUCCCCGCCGACCUCUCCGCGCUCACAGGGCUGCGCACCCUCGACCUGAGCAACAACCCGCUGGAAAACACCAUUCCGCCGGAAAUUGCGCGUCUCCCCGCGCUUUCCUCUCUGUAUGCGCGCACUCCACCCACCCGCCCCCCUCUCUCCCCCUUUCUCCCGCCUUCGUCGCCUUUCUCAUGCAAGACACUAGCACCAAGACCUAUCAAGCUGCGAGCUGGAGGGCGACCUGCCGCGCCUGAUCAACGCCCCUCACCACCACAUGCCCCCAUCCCCCCCUCCCCCCAUGCCCUCCCCUUGCCUCCCCCCUUCCCUCCCCUUUCUCUCGUGUGCCAGAGACCUAUCGAGCUGCGAGCUGGAGUGCAACCUGCCGCGUUUUUUGAGACAUCUCAAAAGUCCUUUCUCUCGUGUGCCAGAGUCUUGUCGAGCUGUGAGCUGGAGUGCGACCUGCCGCGCCUGAUCAACGCCCCUCACCACCACAUCCCCCCAUCCCCCCCUCCCCCCAUGCCCUCCCCUUGCCUCCCCCCUUCCCUCCCCUUUCUCUCAUGUACCAGAGACCUAUCAAGCUGCGAGCUGGAGGGCGACCUGCCGCGCCUGAUCAAGCUCUCGUCGCUCGUCGCACUGGACCUGAGCAACAACUCCCUCACGGGCUACAUCGACCCUGCCAUUGCCCGCCUGCCUCACCUCUCCGACCUUGCGGUGGCGUUCAACCAGCUGUCAGGCAACCUCCCCCCCGCCCUCGGCACCCUCCCUUCGCUCUCCUUUCUUGACAUCCGAGGCAACGCCUUCUCAGGCUACCUCCCCCUCUCCUAUUCCAAUAUUGAGCAAUUCCUCUACGACGGCGCCCUUCCCCCCGCGCCCGCAGGCCCCUCCGCAUCCCCUCCGCCGCCCCCCAUCCCGCCCCCGCCUCCCCCUUCCGUCCCCCCGCCGUCCCCUGUGCUGCCUGGUUUCCCUGGGGGGGAGGAUGGAGGGGCGGAUGCCCCUGCUUCUCUCCCCUCCCCUCCCGCCCCUCCUCUCACUUCUCCCUCUCCUAGACCUCCUCCAACCGCCCCAGGUUCGCUUGCCCCGCCUGCGCCCCCCUCUCUUCCGCCUGUCCCCCCUGUAACCUUCCCCAACGGGACGCACGUUGGGAACGGGACGGGUGGGAGUGGAGGAAACGGGGGGAAACGGGGGGAAGGCGGAGGAGCGGGGGAAGAGGGGGAUGGGUAUUUCUACCUGGAUCCGUCAGUUCCAGAGAAUGAGACGCAAGCGCUGGUGCCGGUGCCGGUGGGGUGCAAGCCGUGUGCUGGGGGGAGUGUGGCGAGGAGGCAUAAGAAGCUGUGUGUGUGCUCGUACCCGCUGCUGCUGGAGGUUCAUCUGGGCAUGGAGUUCUCUAGGUUCAAUGACGUCACCAGAGAGAGCCUAGAGGAGCAGCUCGCGCUGAGUCUGAACGUGAACCAGACCCAAGUAGCUGUAUACGCGACACGCCCUGGCAGUGUGAUAGCCUCCUGCGCAGUGCUGCCGCCCGGCCGCACGGCUGUGCUGCCGGUGGGAGUGGCAACUCAUGCGGUAGAUGUGCUGCUGGGGAGGAAGAGAGUACUUUUGAGGCGCCUCAAAAGUCGGUGGGAGUGGCAGCCCAUGCGGUGGAUGUGCUGUUGGGGAGAAAGAGGCACGUGUUUUGGCCAGAGCUUCUCAAAAUAUGAUGCCCCUACUCCCGUUUUUUCCCCUCCCCAUCACCCCCCACAGAGCCUUGAAGAGCAGCUGGCGCUGAGUCUGAAUGUAAACCAGACACAAGUUGCUGUAUACGCCACCCGGCCCGGGAGUGUCAUUGCCUCCUGCGCAGUACUGCCGCCCGGCCGCUCGGAAGCACUGCCAGUGGGAGUGGCGGGGCAUGCACUGGACGUGCUGCUGGGGAGGCGGAAGCAGCGCCUGGAGCUGUUUGGCAUGGGCGCUGUGAAGGUGCUGGCAGUGCGGCUUCCCACGGUGGUGCUGGAUAGGAAUGGAGGUGUGUGGGGAUUGAUGGUGGAUGAGUG